UUUGAUUCUAUCUCCAAACAGGUUAUCGCUUGGGCGAGUAAGUCGGAGAAGGAGAAGGACGGAAGGACUCUCAUUCAAGUUAUUCGACUUGUCUUUGUGGAUGCUAUUGAUGGAGCUACUUGGUCGGAGGUGUACGCUCGCCUUUGCAGGGAAAUGAUGGAACAAAUCAGCCACAAAGUUCAGGAUGAGGGUAUCAGGAAUACUGAAGGAAAGCCCAUUGCUGGUGGCCAACUGUUCCGAAAAUACUUGCUCAACAGAUGUCAAGAACACUUUGAGCGCGGUUGGGUAGCGAAGGAGGCAACCGCUGCUGCUGCUGUCAAAGCCUCGAGGGAUGAAGCUGCAAAGGUUGCCAACCAGCAGAGCAGGGAAGUUGGGACUGAGGAACUCGCGCCAUAUUCUGAUGAAUACUACGCUGCACAGAAGGCCAAGCGACAAGGUCUCGGUCUGAUCAAGUUCAUUGGCGAACUCUUCAAACUACAAAUGCUGAGCGAACGUAUUAUGCAUGAGUGCGUCAAGAAACUGCUCAUAAACGUGGAUAAACCCAAGGAGGAAGAGAUCGAAAGUUUGUGCGCAUUGCUGACCACUGUCGGUGCCAGUCUCGACACACCGAAGGCCCGGGCCCAUAUGGACGUCUAUUUCUCUCGAAUGAAGGGGCUUUCCAAGAACCAGAAUGUCAGCUUACGAAUGCAGUUCAUGUUGCAGGAUAUGAUUGAGUUGCGAGAACGGAAGUGGGAAUCUCGCAACGCA